AUGGACUCGACCUUGGAAGCGCAGAGGCCCUUCAGUGUCCAUUACGGUGCGUACAUGUGGUUAGUGCUGGGUGGAUGUCUGUUUUUGGACAAGAGUGGUAACCGUAAUCAUCCGUCCUUCCUCAACAAAGUUGUUAUUGAUGAUCUUCCGAUGAAUGAGUACUCUUGGGGUUCAGCUGCUCUAGCAUAUCUGUAUCGCCAGUUGGGUACGACAUCAAGAAAAGAUGCUGAUUCAAUUGCUGGUUGUCUCACGCUUUUGCAGACGUGGAUCUACGAGUACUUUCCGUGCUUCCGACCUCAACAGGGUACCUUGACGAGGGAGCUUAGUAUUCCUCCUACGUCUGCUUGGGAUGUGGGAUCAGGAUGCCCGAACAAGAGCGUGGAGCGCCUCCUCGCUUUUCGUGCUCGAUUGGAUCAGCAGACCGACAAUGAGGUUAACUGGCUACCGUACGGAGUUGAUCCCGCUCGACGCGUGCCAGCCACUCUAUUUAUUGGCUGCAUCCAGUACCGGAGCAUCAUUGAGCCAUACAUGCCUGAUCGAGUGGUCCGACAGCUUGGAUUCGUGCAGGACAUUCCGCAUCUGGGCUCAACCCACUAA